UGCGACCGGCUGCCUAUUUGCCGGCUCCUUUGCACUGUCGCUACACGCUAGACGUCAGCUGUGUUGUCGGCAUUUCACAGAGCAUUUCGUUGUUGCACCGUUCGCGCGACGUAUCCUGUGAAUUUUUCGUUGAGUUCCUUCCUUUUCUUUUUCAUUCUAACGUUCAAGUGAUUAAUCUGUAACACAUGAGUUUUCUUUCCUCUUAAUAAGUGAUCUUUUCCUCAUCGAACUCUAGAAAGUCAAGUGCACAUGCCCGUAGUUUCUGCAACUUACAACGCGGUGUCAGUGUCAUGUUCUCGACGUAAUAUAUAGUGAAGGCAGCGAGCUUCGUUGAAAUUUUAAACUGCCAACUCCAGUGAGAUUUCCUACAUACUCUCGUGUACAUCAGCUUCAAUCUGCAACACGCAAAGAUUUCAAAAAUUCACGUGGCGCCUGUUUUGCAUAAGACACCGUGACACACAAAGAGACCAUCUAAGUAGAAGGGUCGCCUGAUGAAGUCGACGGACGACGGCAGGUCGUGAAAGUGCAGCAGGAAGAGACAAAGCCUGGGCCCGCGUGGCUCGUAACAUGAGGCAGCGCUAAAGCCGAAAGUACGACGCACAUACACGCCUACGUCAAUACAUAGCGUGAAUCCAACACUGGCAAAACUGGGCAGCGCAACGCUCGACAAGAUGUACAAACUGCUGAGACGCGGCUCGGGCCGCAUGCUCGUGCUGUGCGCGAUCCUGCUAUCGGUGUUGCUUUGCCUCUACUACGUGAGUCAAACGCAAAACUCACCCGGUGGCUCGGCUGGCAUCAUCGCCGAGGUUGCACCAUUCGAGCGUGUGCUUACCUCCGCCUUGCCGGAUUAUAGCGAACCCCCGGAUGGACAAGUUGCACCGGAUACUUGUCCUCACAUCGCUCCCAGGGAUACGGAUAUCGACGCUCAGGCCGAAUUUGAGAAGUUCGACUUUCAGCCAUCUUGGAUGAGGAGUCGAGAGUAUUGGGACGACAGUUUCGAGCGGCGUUUUACGGAAUUUAAAAAGGAUCCCAGGAGGCCUCCUUUAAAAGUUAUAUUAGUUCCACAUAGUCAUACAGACCCAGGAUGGUUGAAAACGUUCGAGCAAUACUUCCACAGCGCUACUCGAAGCAUUUUAAACAACAUGGUGACGAAACUGCAGCAAUGGCAGAACAUGACUUUUAUAUGGAGCGAAGUAUCUUUUUUAUCGUUGUGGUGGGAAAGCGCACACCCCACCAAAAAGAUGAUUGUUAAAAGACUAGUGAAAGAAGGUCGGUUAGAAAUGACAACUGGAGGAUGGGUUAUGACGGAUGAGGCGACCUCCCACAUCUACGCAAUGCUUGAUCAAUUGAUUGAAGGUCACCAAUGGCUGAAAACGAAUUUGGACGUGACUCCAGAGUCAGGCUGGUCGGUCGAUCCGUUCGGUCACGGAAGCACAGUACCCUAUCUCUUGAAAUCAGCCGGAGCUUCGGGCACAGUGAUCCAACGGAUACAUUACGCGUGGAAGCAGUGGUUUGCAAAGAAGCAGUACGGUGACUUUGUGUGGGUGCAGCCUUGGGAUCAAAGCGGAGCCUCGGAUAUGCUCACCCACAAUCAACCCUUCGACAUCUACAACAUCAAGCAUUCGUGCGGUCCACAUCCUCACGUCUGCCUCAAUUAUGACUUCAGGAAGAUACGUAACGAGUAUACCGAGUAUUCGGCCAAGGCUGUUGAUAUCACGUCGAGCAAUGUAAAGGCGAUGGCUGAACAGUUGUUGGAGCAGUACUUCAAAACUGGCUCACUUUUUCCACACAAUGUUGUGUUAAUACCUCUCGGGGAUGAUUUUAGGUACGAUCAUCCCAUAGAAUGGGACCAACAAUACACAAACUACAAAAUCCUGAUCGACUUUAUAAAUAGCCGGAAAGACGAUUACAACGCCGAAGUAGUGUUUGGCACGCCAAAGGAUUAUUUUAAUGAAAUCCAAAAGCGUAUGGCACGCUUCCCAACGCUCAAAGGUGACUUUUUCGUCUACUCCGACAUCUUUAGCGAGGGAAGACCAGCUUACUGGAGUGGCUACUUCACCACGCGACCGUACAUGAAAAUUCUCGAUCGCGAGUUGGAGGCGAAUCUACGUUCGGCUGAAAUACUCUAUACGAUCGCAUUGAACGUGGCCAAGCAAACGGCUCGCGACAUCAAGAUGUACGAGACGUACUUUGAGAAGCUGGUAAAAGCUCGCCGGAAUCUUGGGCUCUUUCAGCACCACGACGCCAUCACCGGCACUUCCAAAUCCUUCGUAAUGAAGGACUACGCUUUGAAGCUGUUCGAAUCGAUAUCCGAUAUGACGAGUCUGCAGAGCUUCGCCAUCCAGUCGCUCGCCGCGACGGAAGUCAAAUCGAAUUCCACUACUAGCCAAGUUUACGUGCUGUCCGAGUCCGAUCGCGACAGCUACGAGAAGUUACCGAAAAAGAUCCCAAUCAGCGUCAACAGCCGCGAGACCAAACGUAUCGUCCUGUUCAAUGCACUCGCUCAGCCCCGACAAGAGAUAAUCACUCUCAAGGUAUCGACUUACCGGGUGAGGAUCUUGGAUUCGCAAAAGAAUCCCAUACCCUAUCAGAUCGCUCCGGUGAUGAACGCAACGAGCAUCACGCACGACCUCUACGUCGUACUUUUCGCAGCUGACCUGAAACCCCUGACGAUAGCGGUAUACUACCUGCAGCAGACCGACAGAGUACCGGCCGAAGCUAUUUCCACGGUCUACUGCACCAGGUGCGGCAAGGACAACGUCUUCCCAAUCAAACCUAUGCAAGUGGGCGACGUGCAGUUGGAGAAUCAGCGAAUGAAGCUACUGUUCGACGGACAAACCGGCUUCCUCAAGCGCAUCACCAAAAAGCCAAGCGGCAAGAUUGUCCAGUGUAAUAUCCAGUUUGCAGCCUACGCGUCUGCACAGUUCCACAGCGGCGCCUAUCUCUUCAUGCCUGAUCCCAAUCUGCGGGACUCCGACAAAGACGUUCUCGAAGCUUACACGCCUCAUCAGAAAAUCUACAUCGUCUCGGGUGCGCUCAGCUCGAGGUUGACGGUCGAGUAUGGCAAAUUGCUAGCUCAUAACGUGGCCAUCUAUCACAAAGACGGCGGGCUGUCCGAAGCGAUACAUCUGCGAAACAUCAUAGAUUUUGAGACGCCGCCGAAAAACCGCGAGACCGAGAUGUUUAUGCGACUUCAGACGGACAUAGUCAAUGGCGAUCCUCCGGAGUUUUACACGGAUAUGAACGGCCACCAGAUGAUCAAGCGAACCAAAAUUGAAAGGAUAGGCAUCGAGGGCAAUUAUUUUCCUAUCACGUCGAUGGCUUACAUUGAGGAUACUGCUCAUCGACUGACUCUGCUUGUGAAUCACGCUCAAGGAGCUGCAAGUUAUCAACCUGGAUGGUUAGAAGUUAUGUUGGAUCGGCGGACAUUGUACGAUGAUUCGAGAGGAAUGGGCGAAGGUCUAUUAGACAAUCGAAAAACGGUUAUCAAACACUGGUUACUGUUGGAAGAUGUACUCGGUGAAAAGGACAAAUACUCCAAGCCAUCUCUGUUUGCUAAUCAAAUGAGUAAUUCCUUGAACUACCCCGUCAACAUUUUUGUCGUUGACGGUUCGGAGACGGAGAUCAAAUUGGCACCGGAGACGAGGCUGCUCAGCCAAAGUCUACCCUGUGACAUUCAUCUGUUGAAUCUUAGAACGAACCAUGACCCAAAAAUGCCUCACUACCCUACCAGUAAUGCGCUGAUGGUUCUGCAUAGACAAGGCUACAGUUGUACUGUUGGCGCUGACAUAACAAUCAAGCACUGCCCGCUCUACGAUAAACUCUCGUCUGACACUUCGUUUUAUAAAUUGACUGCUCCCAACGUUACGAAAACUUCACUCACUGGUACGAAAGUGCACAAGUAUCUGAAGGACGGACUACAGCAAAUUGCGCUGCAACCUAUGGAGCUAGAAACUUACAAUCUUAAUUUUGCAACGAACCUGCAUUAAGAGUGAUAAGUGUGCAGUGAUCUUGUAUGUUUGUGCAUUCGGUGAAUAUUAAAUACAGUUGAUGUGUAAUUUAAGAGAUUUCCUUAGCAUAUUUAUUGACGAAUUGUAAAAACAAAGAACUGUGUUGUAAAUGAAUAACUGAUCUUUUGUAUGAAACUACGUGUGAUGUACUCUCAGAAAAUGUCUUAUAAUUUUAUGUAAUUAAGUUUUUAUUGACUUUUGGCAUCUGUGCUUCAUUUAUUUUAUUUAUUUUGUGACGAAUUCACGAAUAAUUUUUGUAUAUUUUACAAUGAAUCAGAGAAGUUGCAGUUAAAAAUAUUUUUGUACUUACACCGAUGGUUGUAAAAAAAAUAUAUAAUUUAUACUUUGUUUCAAUAUCUUUGAAAAAUUGUAAAUAUUUCAUCAAAUAUAUUUUUCUGAGAAUACGAAAAUAUCUGCCGGUGUAAGUCAAUUAAAAGUCUAAAACAACGUUGUAUACAUAAUGAGUAUGAAAGUGUUCAUGAACCGAACAUCAAUGUUAACAUGAAAAACAGUCGUCAUAUAUAUGAGUGUGUAUGUGUGUAUGUGUUUUAUGAUUGUGGAAGUACGGUAAUGGUGAAGUCUCGCUUUACGAAUGAGCGCAUAGCUGGUAUUUGCGCUGAGCGCUAGAAGCGUUAAUUAUCAAUCAGUCACGUCAAUGGAGCGUGUGCGGUUUUUUUCGUUUGACGAAUCGGAGCACACAAGCGCAAAAAGCGUAUUACCGGUAUCUGCGAGAUUUCGAUCAAGCUAUCGUUCAAAAAGAAAACUUGAGCGAGCAAUUGAAAAAGUGUACAUGUAAACAGUUCUUACGAAAAAAUCGACCUUCAAUGUGAGGAAAAUAAAAAAAUAAAAAAGUUUGAAACUUGAUUUAUAGGAAUAGAAAACAAUAUUUAUUUAUCAAUAAUACGCAAUUAAUGUAAUUUAAUUCUGAACAUUUACUUGACAAAACAUUAACAAAAUAUUUUGAGAUGUGUACUUCAAAUUAAUUGUGGUUAAAAUAAGCGCAACAUUUUAUUUAUAAACUUACAAUGAAAGUAUAAACUACUAGUAAACCAAAUGCUCUAUUAUUUUUUGAGCAUAUUCUAUGUCGAAAAAUAUUAGACAUUAGCAUCUUGUUCCAUCUGAGCUAUCUGAGCUAAGGAGAAAAAUAUAUUUAGAAAAUGAUCCUUUGAAAUUUUACAGUCACAACUUUCGACCAAGACAAAUUUUGAAUGCAAGAUUGCUCAUUUUAAAGCUGCUUUUUACCCUUUAAAUUGAUACCUCGUUCAUCUAUUUUGAUAACGUCGGGCUUGAAUUAUCGCACACUCAAGCAAAGUACUUUUUUCGGCGAUUAAACAUGGUUACAUUAGAUUUACGUCCAUUUCAACGCCAAAAAAGUAGUUCACUUAAAACUACGAUAGAUCAAAUUACGUAUCAUCAAAUUUAUCGUAUGAAAACACAUUAUGCCAAGAUAUUUGGAUUCAAGCAAAAGAUAUUACAAUAAAACGUACGGAAUCUACAUAAUUAGAAAAUACUUGUAAAACAGCAAAUAUUCAUAAAUUUUUUUGACUUAGAUAGCCUUUGUUAUAAAAACGCCAAGAUGUACCUUUGAUAUUUUUUUAUAUACAGUAUGCUCAAAAAAUUUUAGUUAAUUUGGUUUGUCAUAAAGUUAAUACUAUCAUUAUUAGUAAAACUCGAAAACAUAACUAAGUUAGAGAAUGAAAUCUUAUAGUAUACCUACAGAAUAUAAAAUUUAACUACAUUAAAUUUUGGAUUAGAUUCUCUAAUCCGAAACAGAAACGAAUAUUUACUAUUGUACAUAUCAGCCAUGUCUUGCUAAAAUUUGAAAUAAAAAGAAGUGAAAACUAACACAUGUGAUAGAACCAUAAUAACGCUCAAAGUAACAUUUGCUUAUUUUCGGAAUCUGAUCAUGAUUUUUAAUUGACACGUAUAUAAAUCACAUAUAUAACUAAGUUCUCUAUAAUUACAUGCAUAAUUUCAACGUAUACGUCAAUGUCCUCUAUUUAUUUGACAGAUUAGUCAAGACUCGAGUUGAUUUGAAAAAAUAUUGUGAUUUGGCUAAAAAGUUUUAAAUAUCUUUUACGUACCUGUAAUUAAUAUAUUUUAAAUUCAUUGUUUGCAUUUGGGAUAAAUGGUAGUAAACAAAAUAUUAUGAUCGUCAAAUUUAAUAUACAUGGCAGCUAAAAAUUGCUUUAAUUAACAGUUAAACAAAGUACAAUUAUAAACUGAAGUAUCACAUAAAAUAAAUUUCAAUAUUUGUCGAAAGGCGAGGGAAAUGUAAAUAUUCCAUAUAAAUUUCUACAAUAUAUGCAAUUUUACCUUUGGCCAACAUUAAAGUAUCGAUCGAAUAAAAUUAUGGUUAAGAAUACCUUCAAUCUUAUCAUGAAAUGAAAUUGCAUAAAUGAUCAUUUGUUAUAUAUACCUCGGAAAACGAAUUACACAACUUGGUUAUACAAAGAUGUUUAAAUGAAACGUAUCGAAGAUCACCUUAGUAUUUUUUAUGUGGUAGAAAAUCAAAUUUUCAACUAUAAACUAACAAAUAAUUCUUUUAUUUGAAUGGUAAUUUAAAAGAGAUGAUUGUGGCGAUUGUCAAAUCGAUAGAUGUAUUUAAAUUUAAUUUUUAUUUUGAAAAUUAGCUAAUUUUGAAUACACGAAGGUUUAUUUAUAUUGUAAAUAGACAUCUGUUAUUAUGAUGAGUGAAAGUGCAUUUCUCUAUGGAAACUGAGCAUAUAGAUAAAUAUUUAAGUUACAUUUGUUUGAUUAAUUUUAGCUAGUUCUUUUUUU